AUGAAACUGCUUUUCAUAAUCAAAUAUUUUGUUAAUCCCAUUCUCUCUCACCCGCUCUCUCUCUCUCUCUCUCUCUCUCUCUCUCUCUCUCGUUCUCUCUCUUUAUCGCGCUCUCUCUCGCUCGCUCGUUCUCUAGUUAUUGCUCUCUCUCUCUCGCUCGUUCUCUCUCUUUAUCGCCCUCUAUCUCUCUCGCGCUCACUCUCGUUCUCACUCUUUAUCUCUCGCUCACUUGUUCUCUCUCUUUAUUGCUCUCUCUUUCGCUCGCUCGCUCGUUCUCUCUCUUUAUUGUUCUCUAUCUCUCUCACUCGCUCGCUCGCUCGUUCUCUCUCUCUCUCUCUCUCUCUCUCUCUCUCUCUCUCUCUCUCUCUCUCUCGUCACACCCUCAGGUUCAUUGAUAGAGAGAUACGGAUAUGUUCAGCCUUAAGCUAUGUGAAAGAAUACCCGCCUUUAUUUUCUAUUUCUCUCUCUCCCACCACACACUCUCUCUCUCUCUCUCUCUCUCUCUCUCUCUCUCUCUUGUUCUUUUUUUUCUUUUUUUCUUUUUUCUUUUUUUUUUCUUUCUCUCUCUCUCUCUCUCUCUCUCUCUCUCUCUCUCUCAGCACAGACGACAUUUCCCAUUUUGCUAUUUUGUUUCGUAGUUCCAAAAUACCCUUUUACUGGGCGUCAGUUAACAUGGAUUCAAUCUCUGACUUCAGCUUUCUUAUGUGCAGUCAGGAUAUGUCUGCGAUUCCAGUUGCUUGUCUCAUGUAA